AAGUGAGCGAUCUAAGUGGGGGCUAAAAGCACCGUAUAAUAAAUUUUACUUCGCGCAGCAAUAAUGCAAUUGCGGCAGCAAUGAUUUCGAUUGUAUUUGCUCGCUCGAUCCACAAAAAGGGCACUGUACACUGUAACGCCAGGUCUGGCCAGGUGGCGCAACGUUCGUCAACAUGGCGGACGAUGCGGGUGAUGCGAGCGAUCUUAGCAGUUUAAAUGAGCAUUUUGACAAAGGUUUCAGAGAAUUUUCAAUUAUCGAAAAGUCUUCGGAGAGUGCAAACAACAAGACCUAUCAGGACCAAGUAGCCGAGGCCACAAAACACCUGGAGUGUGCCACGCAUCUGGUGAAUCAGUGCAGCCUCUUCAGCGGCAAUGAAGAAAUCGACGAAGUGGCAACGGCUCAUCUCAAGUUUCUGUUGCUCCCGGCAUUGCUGGGAUCCCUGAGCCAAAAGCGAGUUGGUGGUGACCGCUCCGAAAUCCUGCGGCUGUCUGAGGUGUACUUCCGAGACUUCCUGCACCGUUGUCGGCAGUACGGCCUCACCAGCCAUGAAACGGCGGAGGCCAAGGAAGACGAUGGCACGGGCGACGACGCCAGCACGAAGACAAGGAACUCCGGGAAGGAGAGCACGGAGAACCUUUUGGCCGCUUGCAGGAGACGUCAAGAAAAGAUCCAGCGUUUUGAACAGCAGAAGGCCAUGGAGGAAAGGCAGACGCAGCUCAGGGAAUUGCUCCAGAACCCGAACGUGGACGACGAGCUAGUGCGGGAGUACUACCUUGUGCUUCUCAGGUACUGGGUCAACAAUGCCAUUGAGGAGCUACGCAGCAUUGAAGAGGAGAAGCCUAUUUUGCAGUACAUGGCCCAGAUGAAGGCGGAGGGAGCUCAGUCCCGGCGGGCCCCAGUGCCACAGAAGUCGCAGCCCCUGCGACCCAUCAUCAUCACCAAGAACGAGCUGCAGAAGCAGGUGUACGGGGUGGGCUACCCCAGCAUCCCCAGCAUGACUGUGGACGAGUUCUACGCCAAGCGCUACCCGGAGCACGCCCAGCAGGAAGGGGCGGCCAACGCCGUCAAACCCUGGAGCCUGCAGGACUGGGCGGCCGACCCCGAGAAGGCGUCGAGGGAGCUGGAGGAGGAGGACGCUCAGAAGGAGAAACUGCUGGAAGAGGACGACAAGGACGCCCUGACCUACCUGCGCUCCAUGGACGACUGGAAGGACGAAAACAAGAGAGGCAGUGGAAACAGGAAGAACAUGGGCUAAAACAACGGUUCCAGCCACGGCCACCCUGUCAAGGAGGAAUGUGGCGAAGCCGAGCUAGAGAGACAUUUGUAAUGUGCAUAAAUAGACGUAUGACAUGUGCUGCUGAAUGAAAACAAAUUUUGUAUCUUGCUCCCUGAUGGCCGAGUGAACAGAUCUUGUAGGUCUAGUUAUAUGUUGAGCAACCAUUGCAGUUUCACCAACGAUCGGCAUCUUUCUCUGUCUUUCGCACAUCUGUGUGCGGUGGUGGACCACAGCAGAGUAGUGUUAGGCAAGGCCAUCUUGUGGCAGCUGAAGAAAAACAAACAAAAAACUUAAUUCUGGAAAAUGGUUUAUUCAAGAGUGGGCAUUGUCAUUCAUUUUUGACAAAACUCGAUGAAAUGAAAUGAAAAAAAACGGAAAAGAUUGUUUGCUGAGCGAGCAGCCCCAUUUCUCUCUUGUCGUGGGUGGUCAUUUGGACGAUUUGGUAUUGAUAAAAUAUGGUUAAAGAUGCCCCUGUGGCCUUCACUAGAGCUGAUUCUGCCAGUUGUACUUCUUCCUUUCCUUGUUCCAUCCAAUACAUGCGAGUUGUGACUGUGUGCUUGUCUGUUGUCUACGUCUUUCUUUUCUCAGUCCUUUCCUUUUUGUGCGCAUCUGUAACCAUGUUUGACCUUGUCAUUGUGUCCUCUGCAUUGCCUCGUCCUUUGAUGUUACGAUGCUACUCAGGGCAACAUUACGGGUUGUUGGUAUACCUGAAGUGGAAAAGGGUUGACAUGGCCACUACGUACCAGGGAUGCCCUUGGUUUUCCAUUCUCCUUUUCAUUUCCACCCGUUUGAUGCAUUCGACGAGCUGCUACGACGACGGUCACGGUUUGGCCGCGAUUGCAUCAUAUUUAUCUCCGACGUGUUGCUGUGGCCAAGGUAGACCAUCGUUUUUUCUUGUUGUUUGUGUAUGAAAAGAAUGCUAGAUUUAUCUUAAUUUUUAAAUUUUUUUUUAAUAAAGUCUGCAUUCACAGGACGUA